AUGCAACAUUUCCUUACUGUGAAUUGGGGUCUCUAUGCCCAGAUUAUCCACUGUGAUCGAAAUUUCUAUGUAAUUCAAUUUUUAAACAAAGAAAAGAUGCUGCUGGUGCUUCACAAUGGCCCUUAUGCGAUUGAUGGUGGUCUCCUACUGGUACAUCGAUGGAAUUCCCAAUUUUCCAUCAGCAAUCUCAGAGUUACCAAACUCUCCAUCUGGUCCAGACUUCAUCACGUCCCGCUUGAUUGCUUCAACCCUCUGGGAGUGAGGUUCCUGGCAGAACAAAUGGGUGAAGUAGAAAAAGUAAUGGAUGAUGCAGAGUCUUUAUCUAUGACAACAUAUAUACGAGCAAAAAUCUGGAUUAAACCACAUGAACCUCUCAAUCCAAGCUUCUAUGUAACAUUGAACUCAGAGCAGGAAACCUGGUUAGAGUGCCGCUAUGAAAGAAUGCAUUGUGGCCAGCUCGCUCACCCACUCACAAGGUGUCUCCAUCUUAGCGAUGCUCAAUUGGAAUCCUACCUUGAUGAGUACUUCUUCAAUGAAUCUGCUAGAAACAACGCUCUACUGGUGAAGGACAACAUGAAAAAACUUUUUUCUGAAUCAAUGAGGGCUCAUGGUCAUAAAAAUCAUAAGCAAACCUCCAUCACCACAGAGACGUUUGUUGAUAGUCAAAGGAACUAUUUCGCCACUAUUGAUGAAAAUACCAUUAUAAAUGGUUUUGAAAUUACAAUGAGAGUCGAGCAUGGUUUGGAACAGGUACAUCCCUCAAACCCUGAUUUAAAUGAUGAGAUGCAGGAGGAAGACCCGAAUGAUCAUAUGGAUGAUGACAACCAAGGAAAUGAAGCCCCCGUGCAACCUGAAGCUAACGGAUUUCACCCAUCUGAAAAUGGUUUUCAUAUCCCAGAAGUUAUCCCCUCCCCUUCGGAUAAUGGAGGCAAAAAUCAGCCAGCAGAACUCGAGUUCCAUGGAGGUAUGCCAAAUGGAGGAGGCCCAACCCUUAUGGAUGUUGGCCACAGUAAUCUGCCGGGGGAUCUAUUUACUGUCUACCAGCUAGCAACAACCUCCUUCAACCAUGGCUACCACGUUGGCCCCGAAGGAACAUCUGGCCAAAUCAAUCACAAUAAUCAUGCAUCACCCUGUGAUGUGCAUGUUGGAGUUAAUGAGGAAGGACAUCUGGCCUUCACAUCGACUGAAGAACUACUUCAGUAG